UUCCCGUAAAAUAAUACGGAGUAAUAAAAACAUAAUCCUUGCCCGCUUCACCGCUACAAUCACCCAGCGAAUCGUUGCUGGAACACUGAAUUUCCUUCUUCUCUUUCGUUUUCUCUCUCCUACUUUCUCCCCCAACUUCUUCAACCCAUUUCUGGGCACUUUUCCUUCAAUCAAUCUAGUCAAAUCGAAGUGGCCGAUUGAGUAAAAUGGGAAAUGACGGGGUUGCUAAAAGUAACCAAAUUGAUCGCAAAGAAUCAUCAAUUUCAGAGGCCAGUGUGAUUGAAGAAGAAGCUGAGACAAAUCCUGAUUUGCUCAAGAACACGCCUUCUAAUAUUCGACGACUGGCCGAUGAAAUCGAGCAAUUCGAAGGUCGGCAGAAGUAUCUGGCACAAACUAGGAGCAAUUCUGAUGGUGGUGAUGUUCGGUGGUACUUUUGCAAGGUUCCUUUGGGUCUUAAUCAGUUGGCUGCCUCGAUUCCGCGUGCGGAGGUUGUUGGUAAAGGAGAGUAUUUUCGGUUCGGUAUGAGGGAUUCACUUGCGAUAGAGGCUGCUUUCUUGCAGAGAGAGGAAGAAUUGCUGUCUUAUUGGUGGAGGGAAUAUGCAGAAUGCAGUGAAGGCCCGAAAGGACAGACCAGUGCGACUACUGAAGCAGAUCUACGGAACCCUCUAACAUCUGAACUAUAUGUUGUUGAGGAGGAGAGAGUUGGAGUCCCGGUCAAGGGUGGUCUCUAUGAGGUGGAUUUGGUGAAACGACACUGCUUUCCAGUGUACUGGAGUGGGGAGAAUCGGCGUGUUCUAAGAGGUCAUUGGUUUGCGCAAAGUGGAGGACUUGAUUGGCUUCCCCUUCGGGAAGAUAUUGCUGAACAGCUGGAAUUUGCAUACCGUAGACAGGUUUGGCACCGGAGGACAUUUCAACCAUCUGGACUUUUUGCCGCUCGUGUUGAUUUGCAAGGCUAUACCCCAGGUCUGCAUGCCCUCUUCACUGGAGAGGACAGCACAUGGGAGGCGUGGCUGAAUGUUGAUGCUUCAGGCUUUUCCAGUAUCAUCAAUUUGGGGGGAAAUGGUGUGAAACUAAGACGAGGAUAUGCUGCAUCUCUGUCUCCGAAGCCAACACAGGAUGAGUUGCGUCAGCAAAAGGAAGAGGAGAUGGACGACUAUUGUUCGGAGGUUCCGGUUCGUCAUUUGGUAUUUAUGGUCCAUGGCAUUGGUCAAAGACUGGAGAAAUCUAAUUUGGUUGACGAUGUAGCGACUUAUCGCCAUAUCACCUCAAGUCUAGCUGAAAAACACCUGACUUCAUAUCAACGUGGCAUUCAGAGAGUCCUUUUUAUUCCCUGUCAAUGGAGAAAGGGUUUGAAGCUCAGUGGCGAAUCUGCUGUGGAGAAAAUUACUUUAGAUGGUGUACGAGGCUUGCGCACUACACUAAGUGCAACUGUUCAUGAUGUAUUGUACUAUAUGAGCCCCAUCUAUUGCCAAGAGAUCAUUGACUCGGUCUCAAACCAACUGAAUCGUUUAUACCUGAAGUUCCUGAAGAGAAAUCCAGGGUACGAUGGAAAGGUUUCCUUGUAUGGCCAUUCCUUGGGAAGUGUUCUCUCAUAUGAUAUUCUCUGCCACCAAGAGAAUUUGUCGUCUCCCUUUCCGAUGGAGUUUAUGUACACAAAGCAUGAGAAAGAAGAUGAAUCAUCAGAAAAUAUUUCCAAAUUACCCUCUGACAUCAACUCCAAGGAUGGUUGUCCUAGAAUCUCACAGGAAAUUUCAAAUGAAGACAAGUCAGGAGGAUCGUUGCUUGAAAAUGUUAUGACUGAAGAUCGUCUAGUUACGGAUAUUUGUCCAACUUCCUUCCCGAUUAGAGAUGAAAGCCCUAUGGUGAAAGUGAGUGAAAUGCAAGUUGGCACUGAAUCUUUAGUGGCAGAUGGUCAGGAUCCACCUUGCAGUCGCAGUGACUCCUGUCCCGAAGAAAUCGGAACCCUGAGUGAAGUGAGUGAUAUCUAUCAGGGCUCCACUGAAGACUUGGAAGCGAUUACCAAUCUGAAUAAAGUUAAUCCUGAAGUUUCAGAAAAUGUAGCCGAAUUUCUGCAUAAAUUAGAUUCUAUUGACAAUGACAAAAACAAAGACAAGGAUAUACAAGCUCUGAAGUCAGAGCUUGACUUUCUAAAAGGACGAGUUGCAGAAUUGGAAGCUCAGGUUGGUUGGAAUGAUGCUAGUGACAGGUCUAAUGAAGGGAGGCAUCCAGGCAUUUCAGAUCAAGAUGAAUCCGGAAAGAUUUUAACUAGUCAAAACAACUUAUCCACAAGCUAUAAACCUUUCAUCAAGUACACCAAGCUUGAAUUCAAGGUACAUACAUUUUUUGCGGCUGGAUCUCCUCUUGGUGUCUUCCUUUCCAUUCGAAAUGUCCGCAUUGGAAUUGGUGAAGGAAGGGAAUACUGGGGGGAAGAGAAUAUUAAUGAAGAGAUGCCUGCUUGUCAGCAAAUGUUCAACAUCUUCCACCCUUUUGAUCCUGUGGCAUAUAGAAUAGAACCACUGGUAUGUAAAGAAUAUGUCAGCAGACGCCCUGUCAUUAUUCCUUAUCACAAAGGUGGCAAGCGAUUGCAUAUUGGACUACAGGAAUUUGCUGAAGACUUUGCUGCACGAUCUCAGUCAAUUGUGAAACGCCUUAAUUAUGUCAAGGUUCAGGUGCUCACAGUAUGUCAAUCAAGAAAAGACAGCCUCGAAGAAUCGGUGGAGGAUGUCAAUGAAGAAGUCCGAUCUUACGGAUCCUAUAUGAUGGAGAGAUUAACUGGAAGUGAAGAUGGACGAAUUGAUCAUGUUCUUCAGGAUAAAACUUUUCAGCAUCAAUAUAUUUCAGCUAUUGGAGCGCACACAAACUAUUGGCGCGACUAUGAUACUGCUCUCUUUGUGUUAAAUCACUUGUACCGAGACAUUCCUGAAGACCCUGAGCAAACAAAGUUGCAUCGAAGCAAAACCAAAGAUGAUAAGGUCUCUGAUAGGUUGCCAGAUACCGAAAUUAUUGCUGAAGAAGAAUUGCCGUUAACAUUCUCUAGCAGCAAUCUAAUAAAAAAUUCACCCAAGAAAACCAAAAAAGUGGGCAAGUCAUCGUGGUAGAGUUAGCUGUGUAAAACAAAAAGAAACUCUGAUCUAGUUUACAUCAGAAGUAUAGUAGUGUCAGAUAACAGUAGUGUUUGAGUUUGAACGCCGUAAAUGGAUAUGAAAGGGAGGUACAAGCCUAGUUAUUCUGGUGUUGGUCCUGUAAUCCUUUAGGUCAAAGAUGUCUACAUUUGUACAUAAAAACAGGUUUUUGUAAUGUGCAAAUUUUUGUAUAUUCCAUGUACAGCUACUAAAUUUAGCUUUUAAUCGGUGUAUGAUGAAUGAAAAUGAUCCCAAAUCACAGAAACUCUUCCUAACA